AUGGUAGAAAGUGUAGUAAUGAUAUCCGGGGUGCCAGAAAUGAUAGCUGUGACAAUGGAGAGCACGACGGAAGUGUCGAUGAUGAUGGCGAUGGUCAAGCGGAAUUUUGGAAGACAUUCGUUGAAAAGAAAAGGAAAUAACAACCUGUGGGAUAAAAGACAUGUACCAAGUGCGAGAAGUGGAAAUAGUGUCGGAGGCCAUCUCAGUCAAUGA